AGUGUGAACAUGAAGGCCCUAACAUUAAUUCUGAGCUGUGUUAUCCUGGCUGUUUGUCUGGUGCAGCAGACAGGAGGCGCCAGCACGGCAGUAUCUACGACGACAACGACAACAACAACAACAACAACCACGGAAUCUUCCUCUUCAUCUGACACCACAACUACUGAAUCGUCUAGUGACACUACCAGCACCACUUCAAGCUCCAGCUCUAGCUCUAGCUCCAGCUCUUCUAGCUCUUCCUCAGCACUUAAGCGGUUGAGAAGGAGGCUGAGACGUCUCAGGCGUUUGCAACGUCUGAGGUUGGCCAGACAGAGGAGGAGAUACAACAGGCUUUUGGCUGCCGAAAGGAGAAGGCUAGCUAGGAGAACAACUGGUACCAGGAGCGGUACUUCCAGGAGGAGCGGUACCUCUAGGAGGAGCGGUACCUCCAGGAGAAGCGGUACUACCAGGAGAAGGAUUGUAUUGUGAACUUAAGGAUGUCGAACAUUUAAAUAUGAAGCAAUAAACAUUGAAUGC